CGCGCAUUAAGAGAGGCGCGCCGUGCGGGGUGCCUGAGCGCCACGUUCGAAUCUAGAUUCUAGAGUAGGGUAAUUAUAAAAUUAUUUUAUUUGUGCAGAGUGCCGGAUAAGGUGCUGUCAGAACUCAGAAGUAUUGCUUCGCAACGCUGGAUGUGGAUAGUGGUUCUGGUUGGUAAUUUAUGUGAUGAAUUAAAAUAGUAAUGUUGAGUUCAAACGUUUUAUUUAAACAUAAAUACCUAGUCUCGCAAUAAAUAGUAUGCGCAUUGCUUGACUGAAUCAUGGGCUACACAAGAAUUACUCGCGCUGGAGAACCAUUAAAGAGAAUAUGGCAAAGAAGACAAUUUUCUUCAUCAUCUCAGCCACCAGUCCAAGGAGUACCAUAUACUAAGCUAAGUCUUGGUGUACCAAAAGAGAUUUGGGAUACAGAAAGAAGGGUGGCAAUAGUACCGGCUGUGGUAAAUAAAUUAGUUAAAAAAGGUUUUACUGUUAACAUUGAGGAAAAUGCUGGAGUAUUGGCUAAUUUUCCAAAUAAAACAUUUGAAGAAGCUGGAGCUCAAAUCACAAAUUUAAAACAGACAUAUGAAUCAAAUAUUGUUCUCAAAGUACGACCCCUAAGUCAUGGAGAGGUACCUCAUGUCAGAGAGGAGGGUACUCUCAUAUCUUUCUUAUAUCCUGCUCAAAAUCAAGAGUUAUUGCAGAAGCUGGCACAGAAAAGGGUUAAUGCUUUUGCCAUGGAUUGUAUUCCCCGCAUAAGCAGGGCUCAAGUGUUUGAUGCAUUGAGCUCAAUGGCAAAUGUUGCUGGAUACCGAGCAGUUAUAGAAGCUGCUGCACACUUCCCAAGAUUUUUCUCAGGUCAAAUGACGGCGGCUGGCAGGGUUCCCCCGUGCCGCGUGCUCGUGGUGGGAGGGGGGGUAGCCGGGUUGGCAGCGGCUGCGCAGGCGCGCUGCAUGGGAGCAGCCGUGCGAGCCUUUGACACGAGGCCCGCCGUGCGCGAGCAGAUCGAGAGUCUGGGCGCACAGUUCAUUACAAUGGACGUAAAGGAGGAGGGCGCUGGUGAAGGAGGUUACGCCAAGGAGAUGAGUGAAGAGUUCCUGCGAGCUGAGCGGGCUCUUCUGGGCAAAGAGGCCCGGACUUCCGAUGUCGUUAUCACUACAGCCCUCAUUCCUGGCAAACCAGCUCCACUGCUCAUUUUAGAGGAUGCUGUGCGUGACAUGGCACCCGGUAGCGUGAUAGUAGACCUGGCAGCCGAGAUGGGCGGCAACGUGGAGACGACCAAGAAGGGGGAGAUAGUGAAGGUACAUGACGUGACCCACGUGGGACUCACCGACCUGCCCAGCCGGAUGCCGGCGCACGCCUCCACGCUCUACGCCAAUAAUAUAUCCGCGUUCCUGUUGAGCUUAGGUGCCAAUGACCAUUUCUACAUCAACCUGGAGGACGAGGUCACUCGGGGCGCGAUAGUCCUCAAAGCCGGUGAGCUGAUGUGGCCCGCGCCGCCGCCGCCGAGCAUGGCGCCUUCACCGACACAAGCAAAACCCACGGCUGUCGCCGCACCAGAACCAUCGAACCCCUUCAACGACACCCUCAAAGAUGCCUUCCUGUACUCCACAGGGCUGGCCAGCUUAAUCGGUCUGGGUAUUGCUUCGCCGAAUCCAGCCUUCACAACGAUGACAACUACUCUAGCUUUGUCAGGAGUGGUCGGGUACCACACGGUGUGGGGCGUGGUGCCAGCACUGCACUCUCCGCUCAUGUCCGUCACCAACGCGGUGUCGGGCAUAACAGCAGUUGGAGGACUACUGUUGAUGGGCGGUGGAUAUGUCCCCGAAACCCCUGUGCAGUGGCUCGCCAGUACAGCCGCUCUCAUCUCCUUCGUGAACGUGUUCGGCGGAUUCUUAGUCACGCAGAGAAUGUUAGACAUGUUUAAGAGGCCAGGAGACCCGCCUGAAUACGGAUAUUUGUACGCGAUCCCCGCCGCAGCAUUGCUUGGAGGCUACUUAACUACUGCAAUGCAGGGUUAUCCAGAAGUCCACCAGAUGGCGUACUUAGCCUCUUCUUUGUGCUGUGUCGGAGCUCUUGCAGGCCUCAGUUCACAAACAACAGCUAGAAAGGGAAAUUAUUUGGGAAUGAUCGGCGUGACCGGAGGGAUAGCGGCGACUCUGGGCGCGUUGACCCCGAGCGCGGAGGUGCUGGCUCAAAUGGUGGGCGUGGCCGGUAUAGGCGGCCUGUUGGGGAGUGUCAUAGCGAAGAAGAUUGAGAUCACUGACCUGCCUCAACUCGUCGCUGGCUUCCAUAGUUUAGUUGGUAUGGCCGCAGUGUUGACCUGCGUCGCCACAUACAUGCACGACUUCCCCGCAAUGGCGCUCGACCCAACAGCGACAACAUUGAAGACUUCACUGUUCCUCGGGACUUACAUAGGUGGAAUUACUUUUACCGGGUCGCUGGUGGCGUACGGUAAGCUGCAAGGGUCGCUGUCGUCGGCGCCGCUGCUGCUGCCCGGGCGGCACGCCGUCAACGCGGGGCUGCUGGCGGGGGCUCUGGGCUGCGGCGCCGCACUCGUGGCGCUGCCCGACGCGCCCGGCCUGCCGCUGCUGACGGCGGCCGCGCUGCUCAGCGGCGUGCAGGGGCUCACGCUCACGGCUGCCAUUGGAGGUGCUGACAUGCCCGUGGUAAUCACGGUCCUCAACAGCUACUCGGGCUGGGCGCUGUGUGCAGAAGGGUUCAUGUUGAAUAACUCCCUGAUGACAAUCGUGGGAGCGCUCAUUGGGAGUUCCGGAGCCAUCCUGUCUUAUAUUAUGUGCAAGGCUAUGAACCGCUCCCUGCCGAACGUGAUCCUAGGCGGUUACGGUGUGACGACAGGCGGGUCUGCGCGGCCCGCGGGCGCCACUCACACCGAGAUGAACGUUGACUCCGUCGCCGACAUCAUACACAGAGCUUCAUCCAUCAUCAUCACUCCUGGUUAUGGACUGUGUGUUGCUAAGGCUCAGUACCCCAUAGCUGAACUGGUGAAUAUCCUCAAAGAUAUGGGCAAGAAAGUGCGCUUCGCUAUUCAUCCGGUCGCUGGUCGCAUGCCGGGACAGUUGAACGUGCUGUUGGCUGAGGCCGGAGUUCCUUAUGACGAUGUACUGGAAAUGGAAGAGAUCAACGAUGAAUUCCCGGAGACUGACCUUGUACUAGUCAUUGGCGCUAACGACACGGUGAACAGUGCAGCGGAGGACGACCCCGAAUCUCCCAUCGCAGGGAUGCCUGUACUCAAAGUGUGGAAAGCGGACCAGGUGGUGGUUAUGAAGAGGUCCAUGGGCGUUGGCUACGCUGCAGUCGACAAUCCGAUCUUCUACAAUCCUAACACAGCCAUGUUGCUCGGAGACGCGAAGAAAACUUGCGACGCGCUGCUCGAAAGAAUAAAAUACCUAAAUCUAUAAAUAAUACCAUUAAUUGGAUCUUGUAAGCUGAGCGCCGCUAAUACUUACAAAUACUUACAAAUACUCUUGUGUUCCAAGGGAGAUUGUUAAGUGGAGAUCACUAUUAUCAGGAAAAUCUUGGCAAUUUUAUGCCUUUCAUGAGUUAACUGACGUAAACAGGGGCAAUAAUUGAAAGUUUAAUUUAGCCUUAAUUUUGUAUAAAAAUUAUACACAGCUCAUGGUAGAGAACUGAACUGUAAAAAUAUUUUCAUUACACUUGCUCAAAACGUGGAUUAAACGUGGAAAAUAUAUAAGUAUAGCCAUACAUUACAAAACAAUGGAUAAACCUGCAUGUUUAUGUUAAAUAUAUGGUGAAUAUUUAUUACCGUUUCUGACUGGAUGUUUGAUAAUUAAAUUAAUUUUCUCGCAAGUGUGCUGAAAAACGUAUGAAACACGUGUGCAUCGAUCAUGACACUCCCGGUUCCCUUAUCGCGCUGUUGUCUUGUGUGUACGUAUGCGAAUUACCAAUAUAGCACACUAGUUUCAUAAAGUAAGUACUAUUAUACAAUAGAAACACUUAAGAUAGGUAAUGUUCUACUUAAUAUUUUAAGGCUGGAUUAAGUGCUCGACCGACGUAGAGCGCUGACGUUGGUCAAGCGUAGCUGUAACAAUGAAAAAAGAUGAACGCGUACAGUCCAGCCUUGACGAAUUUCUACAAGCGU